CGCUUUGUAAAUCGCGGAAGUCCUGUCAAUUUGUUUUGGUUUUCUGUUUUUAUUCCAGCUCUUUUUUUAAACAACGCUUUGGAGAGGAUAAGCGAUAAAAACGUUGGAAACAAACUGAGGAAUGGAAGACGACGCUCCUGUGAUUUAUGGACUUGAAUUCCAGGCUCGAGCACUCACUGCCCAGACAGCUGAGACUGAUGCUAUUCGCUUCCUGGUGGGAACCCAGUCCCUGAGAUUUGACAACCAGAUCCACAUCAUUGACUUUGAUGAUGAGAAUAACAUCAUUAAUAAGAAUGUCCUUCUGCACCAAGCUGGGGAGAUAUGGAACAUUGGCGCCAGUCCUGCAGAUAAGGCUGUGCUCACCACCUGCUAUAACAAGACCAGCGACAGCAGGGUGGUGUCCUGUGCGGCGGUGUGGCGGAUGCCAUCGGACUGGGAGACAGGAAGCCAUGAGUCACCUGACGACUCUGCCCACAAUCCCCAAACCCUGGAGCUGCUCUGUAACCUUGACGACAGUACCCACGGAAACGCUGCCUGUGUGCUUUGGGAGCCCAUGGGGGAUGGCAAGCGUGUGAUUUCAUUGGCUGAUAACCAUGCUCUGCUCUGGGACCUGCAGGAGAGCUCCACAAAGGCCACGGUAUCCAGCACUGCCACCCUGGAGGGUAAAGGCCAGCUGAAGUUCACCUCCGGCAAGUGGAGCCCCCACCACAACUGCAGCCAGCUGGCCACAGCCAACGACACAGCUAUACGGGGCUGGGACCUUCGCACCAUGAGUCAGAUGUACUGUAUAGAGAACGCCCAUGGCCAGCUGGUACGUGACCUGGACUUCAAUCCGAACCGCCAGUACUACCUAGCCAGCUGUGGAGAUGACUGCAAGGUCAAAUUCUGGGACGUCCGCAAUGUCCAGGAGCCCGUAAAAACCUUGGAGGAGCACUCGCACUGGGUGUGGAGCGUCCGCUACAACCACAGCCACGACCAGCUGGUAUUGACAGCCAGCAGCGACAGCCGCCUCAUCCUCUCCAACAUGGUGUCCAUCUCCUCAGAGCCGUUCGGACACUUGGUUGACGAUGACGAUCUCAGCGAAGGGGAGGACAACAACCAUGACGACAAGAGUAAGGAACCCCUGAAAGACAGCGUGGUGUCCACGUACGAGGAGCAUGAGGACAGUGUGUACGCGGCUGAGUGGUCCUCGGCCGACCCCUGGCUGUUCGCCUCGCUCAGCUACGAUGGACGGCUGGUCAUCAACAGGGUCCCCCGGGCCCUUAAGUACCGCAUCCUGCUGUGAGCCGGAGUCAUGUGGCCCUAAAGUGUCUGUCUAUAGGUGUGUGUGUGUGUGUGUGUGUGUGUG